UUUAUAUAUUUGUAACACAAAGGAGUUUAGUUUUACAGGUAAACACAUCGGCAACUACAAUGGAAAACGGAGUUAUCAACCCGCCAUCUCCGAGCUCGAUAAGGAAAAUCAUCACCGUCGCCUCCAUUGCCGCUGGUAUCCAGUUUGGCUGGGCUCUGCAGCUGUCUCUUUUAACCCCAUACGUCCAGACCCUCGGCGUUCCCCACACAUGGGCGGCUUUCAUUUGGCUCUGCGGUCCCAUCUCCGGCCUCCUUGUUCAACCCAUCGUGGGUUACAACAGUGACCGGUGCACCUCUCGGUUCGGUCGACGCCGACCCUUUAUCGUCGCCGGAGCUGCUUCGGUCUCCAUCGCCGUCUUCCUCAUCGGUUUCGCUAAAGACAUGGGCCACCAUGCAGGCGAUUCAUUGGAGAAAUCGACCAAACCGAGAGCCGUCGCGAUAUUCGUCGUCGGGUUUUGGAUCCUCGACGUCUCUAACAACAUGUUGCAAGGUCCGUGUCGGGCUCUACUCGCCGACUUAUCGGCUAACGACCACAAAAAGAUGAGGACGGCCAAUGGUUGGUUCUCGUUUUUCAUGGCGGUCGGCAACGUGUUGGGCUACGCCGCCGGUUCUUACUCCCGCCUUUACAAGAUCUUUCCCUUUACAAAAACAAAAGCCUGCGACAUUUAUUGUGCUAACCUCAAAUCAUGCUUCAUCAUCGAUAUCGUAAUCCUCGUCUUAGUCACCGUAACCGCCGUGACAACCGUCAAAGAAUCUCCGUUCACGAAGCAAGUCGACGAAGACGAGACGAAAAAAACGUCGCCUUUCGUUGGCGAGGUCGUGUCGGCUUUCAAGAGCUUGAAGAAGCCAAUGUGGAUAUUGCUGCUGGUGACUUGCCUUAACUGGAUAGCGUGGUUCCCGUUCUUGUUGUUCGACACCGACUGGAUGGGGACGGAGGUGUAUGGAGGGAAAGUGAAAGGGAACGCACACGAAGUGAAGAUUUAUGGCGAAGGCGUGCGGGCGGGUGCGUUGGGGCUGAUGAUCAACUCGAUCGUGUUGGGGUUGACCUCGCUGGCGUUGGAGCCGGUGGGGCGGUUGAUCGGUGGGGUGAAGAACGUGUGGGCGGUCGUGAACUUUGUCUUGUGUGCGUGCUUGGCGUCGACGGUGUUGAUCACCAAGGCUGCCGAGGCAUGGAGACGACAUGCUGGACCCGAGCUUGCCCAUCCUCCAGCUCAGGUUCAAGGCUCUGCGUUGGCUGUAUUCGGAAUUUUGGGUAUUCCACUUGCGGUAACAUACAGUAUCCCAUUCGCUCUUGCGUCCAUCUACUGCUCUUCUGCAGGUGGCGGUCAAGGUCUUUCUCUAGGAGUGUUAAACAUGUCUAUAGUUAUCCCACAGAUGUUUAUAUCUGUAGUUAGUGGGCCUUUGGAUGAUGCAUUCGGGGGAGGAAACUUGCCGGCCUUUGUGCUCGGGUCAAUAGCGGCGGCCGUCAGUGCAUUGUUGGCGAUACUGGCGUUGCCGAACCCACCAAAACAAGUAUCCCUUUCGCCGGGAAUGGGCGGAGGCCAUUAGUGAUUUAUGAAUAAAUCAAGCAGGUCUGAUUAUGUGCAGUACUCGGAAGCCUUUUGCAUGCAUGUGCCGCUUGGUGUAGAUUUCUUGUUUUCGACAUAAUAUUUGCUUCUGAUGCAAAGCAGUCAUGGCUCAGUCCCAUGCAUCCUUAUGUAUUGUUUUAAGUUUAUAGGGAAGUUUGCAGGGAAAAGAAAAGAAAUCUUCCGUUAAGUUUAUAACCUCAGCUUG